CGUCCGAAGGGAGUGUUGUUGCGUCUGGCUGGGCGAUAGUGUGUGAUAAGCGGGUUUGGUUUCGUGAAGCAAGCGACAACGGAGUGCAAUAUGAUGCCAUCUGGGAAGCUCGGUCCGGUGACGUUUGCGGUUGUGACGCCGCUGCUGCUACUGGCAGGAAUUCUAACGGUUGCCGACGGAUCUCCGCGAGCCGAAAACAGUAAUGCUUGCUUGCGGCAUUCAUCAUCCCUAAACAAAUGCAUCGAAAGUGCGAUCCAGUAUUACAUUACCUACAUGUCGAAUGGAAAAAUAUCCGAUCGAAACCAAGUCAUGUCCAUUGACCCGCUCGCCUUCCCCGACGUCACUCUGGUACGAAACCAAAACAUUCAAACCUAUUUCCUGACCAGAGAGAUGCGGGGCUUCAAGAAUUCGUUCGUAACGGAUGUCAAGGCAGAUCUUAACAAGCUUGAAUUUUCGCUGCAAUUCCACAUGCCCGCACUGGACGUUCACGGUUCGUAUCGAGCGGAGCUCGUAAAUAAAAAACAAAUCGCCGAAUGGGCCAAAAUGUUUUCUUCUCUUCGUAACUCCACGCUUCGAAUGCACCUCAAGGGAAUGACCUACGAGAAAGAGGAUCGGAUAUACGUUCGGGUAAAUAUUACCGAUUUUGAUCUGACGAUCGGCGACCAUACCGUCGGAUUCGGCUGGUUCACCAUGAGUGGCAACUAUUCGGAGUACAGCCAAAGUUUCGAUCUGGAGCGGGGCCGAAACAUCCUGUCGAUCGUGGAGAACGAAUUCACCAAAGCGUUCCGGGAGAAGUUCCAACUGCUGCUGGACGAUAUCCUGCGGCUAGCUCCGUUCGAGCAGUUCUUUCCCAGCCAACAGUAGCGAAUCGGUCGUUAUCAGUGGUCCACACAAAACCUGCUGUAAGGGCGAUGUAAAUAGAGCUUUAUUUGUAUCAAUAAAUAAUAUUUAUUUUUGUACCCCGUCGGUUCACUAUUAUGAACUAUUAUCAACCUGAAUGUGUAAAAAUUUC